CUGCACAGCUGUCACAGUUGCUACAGUUGUCAAUUUGCAAGCAGCGCCGGUGGGUGCGCGAGUUCUUUUUCAUUUCUAUUUGCAUUCCUAGCUAUUUUAAAUUGCACUAAGAGGCUUGCAAUAUGUCUGAUUCUAUGAAGGUGGAGGUUAAGGACAUUGAUAAGCUGCUCGAACAGGAUGGCUAUCUAAAGCCAUUCGAGCGUGAGAUACGUCGCCGACAUGGCGUCCUCAAGGAUUGGAUUAAGAAAAUCGAUCAGUGCGAGGGUGGCAUGGAGGAGUUCUCGCAGGGCUAUAAGUAUUAUGGCCUGCACUUUCAGCCAGACAACUCUGUGAUUGCACGCGAAUGGGCGCCGGGCGCCAAAGAUGUCUAUUUAACUGGCGAUUUUAAUAAUUGGCAAUGGGAAUCGCAUGCGUUUAAGAAGCUACCCUUUGGCAAAUGGGAACUGCAUUUGCCGGCAAAUGCUGAUGGCAGUGCACCCAUUAAGCAUCUCAGCGAGAUAAAGGUCAUCAUACGGAAUCAAUCUGGUCAAUUGUUGGAUCGUUUGUCGCCAUGGGCCAAGUAUGUGGUUCAGCCGCCUAAAAGUGCCAAUCAGGGCGUCAACUACAAGCAGUACGUGUGGCAGCCACCCGCCUCAGAGCGCUAUCAACGCCAGCAUUCGCGUCCAGCAAAGCCUAAAUCCUUGAGGAUCUACGAGUGCCAUGUGGGAAUUGCUUCGCAAGAGCCACGCGUGGGCAGCUACGAUGAGUUCGCUGAUCGCAUCGUGCCACGCAUCAAGCGACAGGGCUACAACUGCAUCCAGGUGAUGGCGAUCAUGGAGCAUGCCUAUUAUGCCAGUUUCGGCUAUCAGGUGACCAGUUUCUUUGCCGCCUCCAGUCGCUAUGGCAAUCCCGAGCAGCUGAAGCGUAUGAUUGAUGUGGCCCAUGCCCAGGGUCUGUACGUGCUGCUGGAUGUGGUGCAUUCGCAUGCGUCGAAGAAUGUGCAGGAUGGCCUCAAUCAGUUCGAUGGCACCAACAGUGGCUUCUUCCACGAUGGCGCUCGGGGCGAGCAUUCCUUGUGGGACAGUCGCCUCUUCAAUUAUACGGAACACGAAGUAUUGCGCUUUCUCCUUUCCAAUCUGCGCUGGUGGCACGACGAGUACAAUUUCGAUGGCUAUCGUUUCGAUGGUGUCACUUCCAUGCUGUAUCAUUCGCGAGGCAUUGGCGAGGGAUUCAGCGGCGAUUACAAUGAAUACUUUGGCCUCAACGUCGAUACGGAUGCCCUCAACUAUCUGGGCUUGGCUAAUAGCAUGCUGCACAAACUGGAUCCGGAUAUUAUAACCAUAGCAGAAGACGUUUCGGGCAUGCCCACAUUGUGUCGUCCUGUUUCCGAGGGUGGCAUCGGCUUCGACUAUCGUCUAGGCAUGGCCAUACCAGAUAAAUGGAUUGAGUUGCUCAAGGAACAAUCGGAUGAUGAGUGGGAUGUAGGCAAUAUUGUGCAUACACUGACAAAUCGUCGCUGGAUGGAGAAUACGGUCGCAUAUGCUGAGUCUCAUGAUCAGGCGCUUGUUGGCGACAAAACGAUUGCGUUCUGGCUGAUGGACAAAGAGAUGUAUACGCACAUGUCCACCAUGUCCGAUCUAACGCUGAUCAUUGAUCGUGGCCUGGCCCUGCACAAAAUGAUACGGCUGAUUACCCAUGCGCUGGGCGGCGAGGCAUAUCUGAAUUUCAUGGGCAAUGAGUUUGGGCAUCCGGAGUGGUUGGAUUUUCCACGAGUGGGCAACAAUGAUUCGUAUCAUUAUGCAAGGCGUCAAUGGAAUCUGGUCGAUGAUGAUAUGUUGAGGUAUAAGUUCCUCAAUGACUUCGAUCGGGACAUGAACCAGCUGGAGGAACGCUUCGGCUGGCUACACACCGGGCCGGCCUAUGUCAGCUGGAAGCAUCAGGGCGAUAAGACGAUUCAUUUUGAGCGUGCCGGUCUCGUUUUUGUCUUCAAUUUCCAUCCGACUCAAAGUUUUAGUGAUUAUCGCGUCGGCACCAAUUGGGCGGGCACUUACCAGGCCGUCCUCUCCUCGGAUGAUCCCAAAUUCGGUGGCCACAAUCGCAUCGACAUGAAUUGCAAACACAAAUCGGAUCCCUUUGGCCAUGCGGGUCGCUCCAAUUUCAUUCAAGUCUAUACGCCUUGCCGCACAGCCGUUGUCUAUGCUCGCAUCAGCGAUUAAAUUGUUAAUAUCUCUAUCUAUAUAUACUAAUUGUAUAUAUAGAAAACGAUUAUUGUGAAUUUCAAAAUUAGCUAUAUUUUCUUGUUAAUGUUAGAAAGCCAUCAUUGAAAUAUAUACACACAGCUCUAUAUAGAAUUUUA